AUGACAGAUGAUAAGAAAAAACAAUUUACUAUAGUGGUGAAAAUUGGCUCAUCAUCUUUAGUAGAUGCUGUCACUAGAGAGCCAAGAAUUGCAAAUAUGUCACAUAUAGUUGAAACUAUAACAAAAUUAAGAAGACAAGGUCAUAAAAUAAUUAUUGUAUCUUCAGGAGCUAUUGCAUUUGGUAUGAAAGUAAUGAAAUUAGAGAAAAAACCAUCAAAAUUAUCAGCAGUUCAAGCAUUAGCUUCGAUAGGUCAAGGUCGAUUAAUUGGAUUAUUUAAUGAUUUAUUUAGACAAAUGGAUCAAACUAUUGCACAAGUUUUAAUUACAAGAAAUGAUAUAAUUGAUUAUACUCAAUAUAAAAAUGCUAAAAAUACUAUAAAUGAAUUAUUAGAUAUGGGGAUAAUACCAAUUGUAAAUGAAAAUGAUACUUUAUCCGUUUCAGAAAUUAAAUUUGGAGAUAAUGAUACUUUAUCAGCAAUUACUGCAGGUAUGAUUCAUGCAGAUUAUUUAUUUUUAAUGACUGAUGUUGAAUGUUUAUACACGGAUAAUCCAAGAACUAAUCCAGAUGCAAAACCUAUAUUGGUGGUUGAUAAAAUUGAUGAUUUAAAUGUAAAUACAAAUGAUGAUGGAGGAGCAGGUUCAAAUGUUGGAACUGGAGGAAUGACAACCAAAUUAAUUGCAGCUGGGUUAGCAACUAAUGUUGGUGUUACAACAAUAAUUACACUAUCAAGUCAACCUCAUUAUAUACUAGAUAUUGUUAAUCAUAUUCAAUCACAAGAAGUUGGAGAUGGAACAAUAGAGGAACAAAGAAGUAUUUUACAAAAGGAUAUUGAUGAUAAAAAAAUUCCAUUACAUACUAGAUUCCUAAGCUUAGCACAAGACAUCAAAAUACGAUCAGAUAAAAGAUUCUGGAUUUUACAUGGAUUAAAAACAAAAGGAACUUUAAUAAUAGAUAAAGGUUGUUAUAAUGCAUUAACUAGGAGAGAUAGAGCUGGUCUUUUACCUGCUGGUAUUGUAGAUGUUGUUGGUACAUUUCACGAGAAUGAAUGUGUUUCAAUAAAAGUAGAACAAGAAGAUUCAGAUGAAUUGAUAGAGGUUGGUCAAUGUAGAGUCAAUUAUACUUCAAAUGAAAUUAAAUUAAUAAAAGGUCAUAAAAGUCAACAAAUUGAAUCAAUCUUGGGAUACGCUGAUAGUGAAUAUAUUGCACAUAGAGAUAAUUUAGCAUUCCCACCAACUAAUCAAUAA